CGGUCCUACUAAUCGUUCACUGCUGGGGCUUGGCUUGGGCUUGUGAAAAAGUGAAUUUAUUGAACAGUUUUUUACGUCAAACUCGUGCAGUUGUGCAAAUAUAAGUACAAUGGCUGACUUAAACGACUCCAACGGCAACUACGACGACAACGAUGAGCAGAUUACCGAGCCAGAGCAGCUACGUAAGCUGUUCAUUGGCGGCCUGGACUACCGCACCACUGACGACGGCUUGAAGGCGCACUUUGAGAAAUGGGGCAACAUUGUCGAUGUGGUCGUGAUGAAGGAUCCGAAGACAAAGCGCUCUCGCGGCUUUGGGUUCAUCACCUACUCGCAGUCCUACAUGAUCGACAAUGCCCAGAACGCUCGUCCCCACAAGAUCGACGGCCGCACCGUCGAGCCGAAGCGUGCGGUGCCGCGCCAGGAGAUUGAUGCCCCCAAUGCCGGGGCCACAGUUAAGAAGCUGUUUGUGGGUGGCCUACGUGACGACCAUGACGAGGAGUGCCUGCGAGAGUACUUCAAGGACUUUGGCCAGAUCGUCGGCGUGAAUAUCGUGUCGGACAAGGAUACCGGCAAGAAGCGCGGAUUCGCCUUCAUAGAGUUCGACGAUUACGAUCCUGUUGACAAGAUCAUUCUCCAAAAGACACACACCAUCAAGAACAAGAGCCUCGACGUGAAGAAGGCCAUAGCCAAACAAGAUAUGGAUCGUCAGGGCGGCGGCGGAGGCGGUGGUGGUGGUGGCGGUGGAGGAGGCAGCAGCGGCGGCGGUGGUGGUGGUGGCCGUGGAGGCCCUGGUGGACGCGUAGGAGGCCGUGGGGCUGAUCGCGGUGGCCAAGGGGGCGGCUGGAGCAACAAUCGCCAGAACGGCGGCGGCAAUUGGAACGCCGGUGGCGGUAGCUUCGGCAACAAUGGCAACUUUGGCAGCAGCCAGGGCGGUGCCGCCGGAGGCUGGAAUCAGCAGAGCGGCGGCAGUGGUCCCUGGAACAAUCAGGGCAGCAGCGGCGGCUGGAACAACGGCGGCGGUGGUGGUGGCUACGGAGGCGGGAAUAGCAACGGAAACUGGGGAGGCAAUGGCGGUGGCGGCGGCAGUUUUGGCAAUGACUACCAGCAGAGCUAUGGCGGCGGCCCACAGCGAAGCAACAACUUUGGCAACAGCCGGCCUGCUCCAUACAGCCAAGGCGGCAGCGGAGGCGGUGGCGGUUUCAACAAAAGUGCAAACCAAGGAGGCGGUGGCCAGGGCUUUGGGGGCAACAGCUACAACACUGGAGGAGGAGGCGGCGGCCAGGGUGGAAACAUGGGCGGCGGCAAUAGACGUUACUAGACAAGGUAAUCACAUAGAGAGUCAGUUCAAGCUUCAAGCUAGACAAACAGGCAGUCUAGGCGCAGGCAGACACAGACAGGCACAGGCAGAGGCAGGCAUUCAGUGACAGUGUGACAAGUGUGUGGGCGAGAAGAGUGUGUCAUAGAAGGCAGACAAAUACAAGAACAAGCAAUACAAUGCAAGAGAACAGCAAACAAACAGUUAUGAUAUGCAGUUUUAAGCCCUCAAACCCCCUGAAACGCGUACCGUGUGCGUUUGUGUUAAUAAGAGCCACAAAACAAGCAAAACAAAUCCUCACUCCACUUGUCGACAGCUUGACUGCUGCUGUCUCUCUCUUUAUAAACAACAAUAAUAUCAAUUCAUGUAUAGGAUUUUAAGAACCUUGAACGCUUAGUUUUAACUAUAUUAACAAGAAAAACGAUAACGAAAACAAAAGAAAGAAAAACCAAACAAAAAACGAAAAAUAUACUAAACUACAUUUUAUUUUAUGAUCAAUUUGACUACCAAACACCACCACAACAACAACAACAGUAACGAGAAUAAUGAAUUAUGAAUGCAGCGUUAAACAAUCUCGUUGGGCACGGGCUGCGGACAGGUAGAGUACCCUUACCCUUAGCUUUUACUGUGUGUGUGUGUAGCUCGUCGGAGGCGGUCGGCCAACUCCACCGCCAUUGCGGCAGGUUGCUGUCAAAGCAACGUGGUACACCUCCAACCCGCCUCAGAUACAGAGAUAUACAGAGAUGUGCUCUUACGUUUCAUUUUUUUUGCAUUUUGUAGCGGAUGAUGAGCGCCAUUACACAAAGCAAUCAAAUAGAAAAAUAUUUUAUAACACCAUUUUGUACAUUUAAGAAAUUUUAUAUUAUUUAUAUAUCGUAUACACGAAAGAGAAUAAUAUUACUAUCCAAACCCAAAAUUCCCGGCAGCGAGUUAAGCAAGUCUUGUUCUCUACCCAGAAUUUAAUGAGCCGUAACACCCACUAGACCUACUAAAAGGAAAGCACACAACAUGCUCGUGUAAAACGAAACAUACCAACUUUGUUAGACCCUAAGACGUAGAAGUAUGCUACCGAUACACAAGAAAUCCAACAAAACAAACAAACAAAAAACAUAAACUGUAAUUAGUUCGUUACGAGACCAACGAAGGCGAUAAGAAAAUAAAAUUCUACUGAAUGUUACCCACCCGAAAA